AUGCAUUGGACAACACUCUCCAUCCUCCUCCCCCUCCUCGCAACAACAGCCCACUCCCUCCGCACACACCGCAUCACCACAAAAUUCGGCCCAUCAUGCCCAUCCAAAUCCCAAACCCCAGGUGACCUCGACCUCGACGAGCGAUUCUCCGUCAGCAUGAACAUCCGCCAGGGAGUCUGCCAGGGCGUCCCCGUCCCCAUCCCGCUAGGCUAUCUCAACGAGGUAGACCACGUCUCGUUCGCUCUAGAGAUCGACGAGCGCCAGCGCGGACAUGCCGCAAACUCGAACUCGAACUCGAGCUCAAGCCCGAGCAUCCACCCAAGUGCAUAUAUCCACCCAAGUUCAAGUGCAAACGCAAUCGCGAGCACAACACCAACACCAAGCCCAACCCAAAGUCCAAGCUCAGUCGCAGUAUCAGGGUUCUGGCGCCGCAAGGAGAGCCGCCCCAACAUCGAGAUCUGCACGGUGCGCCUCUUCGAGAAACCGGGGUGCUACGAGCCGGUCCUCAUCAGGAGGGAGUUCGCUGUGGGCUCUGGGACUGGCGGGGAGAGCCAGUGUGUCCAGCGGAGCAGGGAGUAUAUGCCUCUUGCGGAGGUGUUUGUGAGGAUUGAUUGUUCGGAUGGCAGUGGCAGUGGAUAUAGUCAUUCACCUGUGGUUGGGAACGGGACUGCGCAUGCUAAUGCGACGGUUAAGGGCCAUGUCUCGCAUCCUCCCAAUGGUGUUAUGCCUGGGAGGUGGCAGCAGAGGAGGCUGUCGCUUUUGGGUCGUUAA